GUGAUGAAUUGUCUAUAAGUGACGUUCAAAUUAUUUUGACAAUCUCCUCAGUUUCAGGUGGUGUGUGAUUUCUCAAAGAUGGCUUCUGCAAGUUUAGCUCUGAUUUUGGUCGUCGUGGGGCAGGUUGCGUCUCAGGGGUACGACACUCACGCGCCGUACGUCCCGCAGAUCGUUGUUCCAGUCACAGUAACGGACACGGUUACUACAACUCAAAGCGUCCGUGUUCCUGUAACUUCUGAUGUGUGGGUAAGCACAGUAACACAGUACACUGUCACGGCGACCCAGCUAACUACUCACUGGGGCUUUAAUCCGACGUACCCAGACACGGUGACUUCGGUCAUUACAAUUACAAACACACCGGUCUCAAUCAUCCGCCACACUGCCGGAGUGAAUCCAGUCAGAUCAGUUACAUCAAUCUUCACAUCUUUCGUGACUGAAACGGAAAGAAAGGACUUGUUCCACAGCAUUACCCACAUAGAUAUCCAUCACGAGAUCGAGACUGUCCCGGUGUCGUCCGUUCAGACCCUGUACCAGCGCAUCACCUCCACCACCCUGUACCUCACCACUGUGACGCUCACCUCCACCACUCGCGGAUAUGGUCAUUGAUGAAUUCCGUAUCUUGCUCAAUGUAUUGUAUCCUAACAAUUUGACUGCAUUAAAAUAACUAUACUACAUAA